CUGCUUGGGGAGCUUCCCCCCGCAUCCUGCCUGUCAAAGUCUGCUUUGCCCCAGUCAGGGUAUUUCCAGCUUUGUGGGUUUCAUUUCCACUUCUACUUGGUGGGCGGAGUGGCCUUCUGUGGACGAAUCAGAUUCCUCCUCAGCCCCAACUUCAAAAGUGAGCCAAGGAUUCAGGGUCUCAGACACGCAGGCAGCAGCAGCAGUGGCAGCAGCAGCAGGAGGCGUGGGGAAGACCAGAGGCCAGAACUAUGGAAGACCAGCGAGACCUCAUCUCCAACCAUGAGCAACUGCCCAUGCUGGGCCAGCGCUCCGGGGCCCCGGAGAGCAAGUGCAGCCGUGGAGCCCUGUACACAGGCUUCUCUGUCCUGGUAGCUCUGCUCCUGGCUGGCCAGGCCACCACUGCCUACUUCCUGUAUCAGCAGCAGGGCCGGCUGGACAAGCUGACGGUCACCUCACAGAACCUGCAGCUGGAGAACCUGCGCAUGAAGCUUCCCAAGCCUGCCAAGCCUUUGAGCAAGAUGCGGAUGGCCACUCCCAUGCUGAUGCGGGCGCUGCCCAUGGACGGCCUGCUCCAGGGGCCCAUGCAGAACGUCACCAAGUACGGCAACUCGACAGAGGACCAUGUGAUGCACCUGCUCCUGAAGGCUGACCCCCUGAAGGUGUACCCGCAGCUGAAGGGGAGCUUCCCAGAGAACCUGAAACACCUUAAGAACACCAUGGAGGGCCUGGAGUGGAAGGUCUUUGAGAACUGGAUGCAUCAGUGGCUCUUGUUUGAAAUGAGCAAGAACUCACUGGAGGAAAAGCCCACUGAGGUUCCACCAAAAGUAUUGCCCAAGUGUCUGGAAGAGGUCAGCCACAUCCCCGCCGUCCACCCGGGCAUGUUCAAGCCCAAGUGCGACGAGAACGGCAACUAUAUGCCGCUCCAGUGCUAUGGGAGCAUCGGCUACUGCUGGUGCGUCUUCCCCAACGGCACCGAGGUCCCCCACACCAGAAGCCGCGAGCGCCGUAACUGCAGUGAGCCCCUGGACAUGGAGGAUCUGUCAUCCGGGCUGGGCGUGACCAAGCAGGAUCUGGGCCAAGUCAUGUGAGCAGCAAUCGAAGACACCAGCACACAGCCAGCCCUGCACGACCAGUUUCCUUGCUCCCGUUCCCCAACCCGAGCCCCAUGUUCCUCCCUCUACCUCCCGCCCCCGCUGUCUCCCACCCUGCACCUCAUUCCAUGAGAUUGGCGCCGGCUCUCCAUCAUCCUUGGACACGACAAAUCACAUGACAACAGCACAGGUUAACAGUGCAGGAGGGACCUGCUGCCCAGCCCUCCAUCCACCAGCAGGGACGCGAGGCCCAAGGAGGCGGACCAGGAGCUAGGCCGGCCAUUUCCACCACCACAGCAGCCUCCAACAUGGAGCUCCAAGACCUAGAUCCAUGGACAAGGAGGCCGGUGCAGGGAGAGGGGACGAUGCUCCCCCAGGCCCCAGGCCCAACCCCGUGGCUGUCCCUCCCCUCUGGCUUGAGCCCUGGCUUUCCAGCCUGUGUAACUUGGGGCACGAAUCACUCUUCCCUCUCCCCAGGAAGAACCAUCCUCUCCACCCAUAACCCCUCAAUCUCUGCCAACCCCAGUUCCCUCUGCGCAGCAAGCUUAUCAUCAGCCCUCAGGGCUGUGGCUCCUGUGAGAAUAAAAGGUAGGAAGUAGAACA